UAUAAGGGGAAGCGUGUAGCAUACGUGUUUAACUCACUCACUAAAACUCACCUCCGAGUCAUGACUCACCUACCCGUACCCUUUCACUACCUCUAUCAGAUUUUCCUCCUCUUCAUAAUCCCAAGUCUCCCCUCUUUACUUCACUAGGGUUUGCUCAAAUAUUUUUUAUUUAUUUAUAUUUAAUUUCUUUUUUAUCUUAACAGUACUCUCCGUUUCAAACUAUGCUUCUAAAUUCUCUUGUAUUUAUGUCUUUCUUUAUGCAAACUAUCAGAUUGUUGUUGUAGAUUGUUUUAAGUUUUUUCCAGUUGUUUUAUGGUUGUAGAUUACUUGAAUCUUUUUAGAUUUGCGUGUUUGCUUAAAGGGGACAUGGGUUUUUUUGUUUAUGCUAAAAUUUAGAUACCCUUUUGAGUAUAGUUGAUUUUGGGGUUUUUUUAUGUGAUUCUUGUUGAGAAUCUUGGAGACCCAGUUGAAAAGAUUCAAUCUUUAUGGUUCUUGAUGGAUCCAGAGUAUGUAGUUUUGGAUGCGAGCUCAGAUGAAGAUGUGGGCUUGGAUGAGAAGGUAGUGUUUGAUGAUAGUGGAGAAGAUGAUUGUGAUUGGAUACAAGAGCUACUUAAAGAGGUUGAUAGACAGACUAGCACUGAGGAUUCUGAUGAGUCUGAUGAUGUGGUUUUAGUGAGUGAGGUUGUGGUGAGUCCUAAGUCUAAGUUGAAGAAUUCUGAUACUGGUUUGAAGGAUUUGAAUGAUGAGGAAGAUGAUGAUGAUUGCGUGGUUUUGGAUGGCGAUCCUGAUAAGCCGGAAGCAGUCGAGAAUAAUCAGCUGGUGGAUGAGUCUGAUGAGCUGCAAAUUGUUGCUGAGACGGGACAGGUGGCUUGUAGAGACUAUCCCCACCCACGACAUCUCUGUGCUAAGUAUCAGUUCACUUCCACUGCACAUGAAACACACUGCGGCCAGUGUCACUGUUAUGUCUGUGACUUGCUGGCUCCAUGUCUCCAUUGGGAUGGAAAUCAUUGCCAUGCCACCGAUAAAGAAGAAUAUUGGAAAAAUGAGAGGAAGUCAUUAAAGAACAGACACCAAGCUGCUGUAUCAGUUCCUAGAGUUUACACUUCUCUGUCAGCUGAGAUGAUCCCAAUCAGUCAAGGUCCGGUAUCAGUUUCAUUUGAACCCACCUAUGUACCCUCCGGUCAGGUCCCCGGACCAGCAACAAUUCGUGCAUGUUCAUGGUCAACUAAUUUUGCACCGGGAUUUGAUCAUUCUGGACAGGUGCCUAGAAACAGAUUUCGGCCGAACUUGGUGUUGCAGCACCUGCGCAGUACAGAUAACGAUCUUCUUCAAAGGGAUCGAAGACAUACUGCCGGUAAUGCAGCCCUUCAAGUUAAAUCUCCUCCCUCAGUGUUUAAAAGAACCGGCGGGGGUCCUCUAUUGUCCAACAGAAGGUAUUGUUUAUCUAACCAAACAUAUAGAGCCCAAUAUAUGAGCAUACCUCCUCAAAUGCCAAUACCAGUUCACAACAAUUCCAUGAGAUGGCAACCUUUAUUUCCCCAGUUGGGUCCGGAGUUGAACACUUAUCAACUUCCCCCACAACCAAAUAUUCAUGCAAACUUUUCAAAUUCCUUGCCUUACCAACCCCAGCUAUCCUCCACACCAAAUGUGAUGAAUAACCAUAUGAACAUGAUGCCUUCUCAGCCUAUGGUCUCUCCCCCAUCGAGCACGGCCAAUUUCUUUGUGAGUUCAGUCACUGAACACCAAGUCCCAACUCAGGCAUAUCAUUAUGGCAACACCUUUUUAAGGCCUCCUCAAUCCCAAUUGUCUCUCCAACCAAUUGUCGAUAACAGCUACACAAACAGAAUGCCUUCCGAACCACUGAUAUAUGGUCAGCUUAAUGCUGCUCCAAACGAGUAUCAGAAUAUUAAUUUGAAUCAGGACCAUAGCUUUCUGGGUUCGACUGAAGAAGACAUCGACUUGAGUUGCAUCAAUUUAACUUCUGAGAGCAACCAAGAACCUACACCCCAACAUCAAGAUAUAGGUUUAGUAACUGAGCAUGAGGCCUUGCCGCGUACUGAACAACAGGAUGACCUUUUUGGUGGAAGCCCAAAUCUUGAUGCGCUAAACUUUCAGUAUGAUAGUUGGAACUUAGGUAGUAGUGAUAAACCAGUACAUUCUCCAGAACCAGAUAUAUCAGAUUCUAGCUUUUUCUUUGGAUUGUAAUGUGGUGGUGUUAAAGAUGUAGCUAGGAGAGUAAUUAUUAGUUUAUUGCAGAAUCAAGCCAGUAGUUAAAAUCUGUAAUUUGCUUAGUUGGUUUUUUAUUUUGAAGAAGAAAAAAAAAUCUCUUUUUUCCCA